AUGUCCCAAAAACGUCGUGAAAACAAUAUCGAUCCAAGGAAAUCAUUUGCUGCCGGUGCUAUAGCUGGUGCAAUAGAGGCGUCGAUUACGUACCCAUUUGAGUUUGCCAAGACAAGACUGCAGCUAAUUGACAAAACAGUUAAAACUUCGAGAAACCCUCUAGUUCUACUGUAUAAUACUGGAAAAACACAAGGUAUAAAAUCAAUAUAUGUUGGAUGUCCUGCUUUUAUUGUCGGUAAUACUGCUAAAGCUGGGAUAAGGUUUCUUGGUUUUGAUGCAAUCAAAAAUCUUCUACGAGAUCCAGUAACGGGUGAAGUUAACGGUACUAGGGGUGUAAUGGCAGGUCUUGGGGCCGGUUUACUCGAAAGUGUUGUAGCAGUUACGCCAUUCGAAGCUAUCAAAACUUCUCUCAUUGACGAUAAACAAUCACUGACACCAAAAUAUCAGAAUAAUGGUCGUUCAGCGAUACGAAACUAUACUGCUUUAUUAUCUGAUAAAGGUAUACGUGGUCUUUAUAGAGGUGUAGUACCGGUAUCUUUGAGACAGGCCGCCAACCAAGCUGUCCGAUUAGGCUCUUAUAACAAAAUUAAAAGUCUAGUCCAAAACUAUACUGGUUCGCCUUCAGAUAAGCCCUUAUCCUCAGUAAUGACUUUCAUUGUCGGUGCAUUUUGUGGAGUGGUUACUGUGUAUACCACUAUGCCGCUUGAUGCCGUCAAGACAAGAAUGCAAAGUCUUGAUACCACAAAAUAUUCCUCAACCGUUAACUGCUUUACCACCAUGUUCAAAGAAGAAGGUUUGACCUCCUUCUGGAAGGGCGCAACGCCAAGAUUGGGUAGGCUAAUACUGAGUGGUGGUAUCGUAUUUACUAUAUAUGAAAAAGUUCUAGUUAUAUUGAAUUGA